GACCUACCCCACUCCCCUUAUCCUCGUUCACGAUCGGCUCUAUUUGCCCUCGCAAUUUCGAAGCCUUUGUGCACGAGCUCAGGGAGUAUCCUAGUCCCCGCAAGGAGUAUGUGCUGGCGGGCAUUCGCGAUGGUUUCCGUGUGGGUUUCGUUCCAGAGCGUGUGGUCCUUCGUCCGUCGCUCCGCAGUCUCACGUCGGCGUCUCAACACCCGGACGUCAUCGACAAAUAUCUCUCGACGGAAGUCGCUCAACGCCGGGUGGCUGGUCCUUACCCGUACCCCCGCCCCCCACUGCCCUCUCUCAAACCAGUCCGUUUGGGGUUAUUCCGAAACGUCAUCAACCUGGGAAGUGGCGCCUCAUCCCUGACCUUUUCCUCUCCCCAAGGAGCAAGCGUUAACGAUGGUUUACCUCAGGAUCCCUUCUCUAUGCGAUACAUUUCCGUUGACGACGCUAUCAGAUCCCUCGUUGUCAUUGGCCCCGGGGCCCUAAUGGCCAAGUUCGACGUGCAGGCUGCCUACCGUAACAUUCCGAUCAACGUCUCCGACCGACAUCUGUUAGGCAUGUACUGGCGAGACUCUUUCUAUGUGGACUUGGUGCUACCUGUUGGCCUCAGGUCUCCUCAAUUCCUUUUUGAUGCUGUGGCGUCCGUUGUUCAUUGGAUUCUUUCAACAACUACCACGUUCACCCGUUGUUCCACUACCUCGAUGAUUUUUUAA